AUGAUGGCUGAGAUCUACAGAAGAGCAGAUUCUGUCAUUGCGUGGCUUGGGAACUCAGAUGCGUAUACAGAGCCAGCGUUUGAGCACAUUGCCAAGGUAGCCGACCGGAACAACCUCCAAUCUUUGGGUAUACCAACUGGACAAGCAGGUUCUGAGAAUUCUGAAGGAGAUAAGGCCGGUUGGGAGGCCAUUGGAAAGAUCUUUGAUCGUACGUACUGGAACAGAUCAUGGAUCAUCCAGGAACUCGUACUCCCAGAGCACGUCACUCUCCGCUGCGGAGUGUAUUCAACCGAUUGGGAUGUUUUCGUGAAAGCUUCCCAUAAUAUAUCCACGAGCCACUUGAAGCAGUUCUACGACAAUCGAUCCAUCGAUGGCACGCCAUCUGCCGCCACAAGCAUGAAAGCGUCGCGCAACUACGGGGUCCCGGCGAUUCUCGAAGCAACCAAAUCCUCCAUGGCCACAGAAUACUGGACCAACGUGCUGCUAUACACGCUGAUACGAUCUCGUCACUGCGAAGCUACAGACCUCGGGGACAAAGCAUAUGCUUUGCUGGGACUUAUCCAAGGUCCGCUGGGGAUUAAAAAAUUACCGACGUUGCUGUGCCCUCCUACUGAAGGAAGUGAUUGUAGCCCUGGAAAGACAUACCUCGAUGUCGCUACCCAGCUUCUCGAGGAUUGUGAGGAUCUGCUGGUGCUUUCAUGCGUAGAGGGCUUUCGCAAUGAAAAGCUGAACGGCGCAGAUCUUCCUUCCUGGGUUCCCGACUGGAGUGUUAAAUAUCCUCUUGGCCUGAGAGUCACCGGAUAUAAAAGAUAUCAAGCAGAUUCAUUAUUCUUCCCACCGGGCACCAAUUUGUCAAGAGAAGAGAAGCUCGCCCUUUGGCCUGCUAUAUUCGACAAGAAUGAGCUUACAAUAACUAUCCGUGGAUUCCAAGUGGACAAGAUCUCUUUCAUUGCAGAGUCAAAGCACGAUAUUCUGAAUUGCAAACACUUUCCAAGAAUCUUGGAUAUGCUAUUGAGGCUGCCUGAGAAGUAUGAGCUCACUGGCGAAGGACGGAUGGAGGUUUUCUGGCGAACGGUGACUAAGAAUACUUAUGGAGAGGCCAGACUUCCUCCGCCAAAAGGAUCAUCAAUGGGGCCUAGUUUCACAAAAUGGAUAAAGGAGAGAAUGCAGUCUGUGGUGUUGUCUUCGCAAGACCAAGAGUAUUGGGCGGAUCUCAAGCUAGCUUUCGAUAAGUUCUGGCCCCACGAUGCAGAAUGGCUUUCCGCCAUCAAAGGCCGUGAAUCUAUCUCGUCGAUGGAGUUUGGCUCGCAAUUUGCCUAUGGAGAGUAUCUUCGACCGUUCGUAACAGAGAAAGGAUACAUCGGGGUUGGCUCACAGAAUUUGCAGGAGGGAGAUACAGUCUGGGUGGUGCCACGAUCACGGGUGCCUUUAAUAUUCAGGCAUUUGGCUUACUCUGGUCCGCCGGCGGCUCAGCAUUGUCAGUUGAUAGGAGGGUCAUAUCUUCAUGGGUUCAUGGAUGGUAGUUGGCGGAGCAAGCAAGCAACCAAAGAUGACACGCAGGCUAUUAUAAUUCACUGA